AUGGCGGCGAUGAACAGCCUCACGGCGCAGCGCGAAGAAAUGCCCAGCUCCGCAGAAUCGGUGGCUACUAGCGGCAGGACGCCAGUGCUCUACGUGUCACCCGCGGACCCCGAACCGCCUGGGUGGCAGGGGCCCGUGGCGGAGCCGCCCGACAGGAACCUGUGGGAGCAGAUCUGCGGGGAGUUUGAAGCUGAGAUACCCUCCUUUCCAGAAGGCUGCCAUGCUAAACAGGAUGCCGUGACUGCUGCUUCACCCUUGGAGGAGCAGGUUUUCCAUGGCUUUAAUGCAGAGCGUCUCUAUUCAGUUCCUCAUUUUACCAACGUGACACAGAUGAUACCCUGUCCUCCAGUAAAACCAGAAACAGGUGACCCCAAAACAUGUUCACCUAAAGAAUACCUGGAAAAGUAUAUCUUUCCAGUUCUGCUUCCCGGAAUGGCAAACCUACUUCACCAGGCAAAGAAGGAAAAGUGUUUUGAGAGGAAAAGAACCAAGUUCAUUGCCUGUGAUUAUCUGACCGAGUGGUUAUACAAUCAAAACCCAAAGAGGCUAGGGGAGCCGUUCACAGAGUUCUUCUCCAUCCCCUUUGUGGAGGAGUGGCUGAAGCUUCACCCACGACCGCCAAUCCCACUGUCCCUCCUGCUGACAGAAGAGGAAUCAGCAGUUGCUAUUCAGUCCUUCUGGAGAGCCUAUCUGGUUCGCUGUGAUCCUGAAAUUCAAGAGUUGCGUCAGUGGCAGAAGAAAUUGCGUGAGGAGAAGCACAUUCGCCAGAGAAUCAAAGCUUUCUGGAACAAACAAGAACAAAAAGCAAAAGAAACCACUACUCAAACCAAGAGACCCCUCACAGAAUGGGAGAAGAUCUUUACAUGCCGCACAUCCGACAAGAGGCUAAUAACCAAACUAUAUAAAGAGCUUGCCAAACUCAACCACAAGAAAACAAAUAACCCCAUCCAAAAAUAGGGAGAGGUCAUGGACAGAAUAUUCAUCACAGAAGAGAUCCAAAAGGCCGAGAAACACAUGAAAACAUGCUCCAAGUCUCUGAUUGUCAGAGAAAUGCAAAGAAAGACAACCAUGAGAUACCACUUCACUCCUGUGAGAAUG